UCUGAUUUCACUAAAAUCAGUAAAAUCUCGGCGUAAAGUUAAAAUUACAUCAAAAAGUUCUUAAAAUUAACCAUGCCAUCGAGUGAUAGUGAUGAUUUCGAAAGUGCGGAUGAGGGUCAUGGCAGCGUGGAAAAGAAAGAGAGGAAGAAACGACUCUCAUCAUCGAAUUACAGUGACAAUACUGUGGAAUCUGACCAAGAACCGAAGAAACCAGCUGCCACGCUAGAGAAAAAGCAUGUGGAAACUAAAGAAGAAAAAGAAACAGAUGGAUGGGGAGACGGCUGGGAUGACAUAGAUCCUGAGCCUGAACCUAAAAAUGAUCAUAAAACUAGCACUGCACCUUCAACUAAGGAUACCAAGACGGAUAGCGGCAAAUCACAAGACACGGGCUGGGAAGAUUUUGAUGACUGGGGGAAUGAUGAGACUAUUAAAAGUGAACCUCAACCCCAGCCACCAAAACCUCAGCAAGCACCAGCACCAAAACCGCAUCCAGAAACUGACAUAAAGGCAGUGACAGAUCGCCUGGCAGAUACUGCCAAUAAGAGUGGUUGGGGCUGGGGGUGGGGUGUGGAUUCUUUACUGAGCACGGCCACUGCUGGUUUCUCUACUAUCACCAACCAGGUUUCUCAGGGCAUCUCAACAGUCCUCGAAACUGGUAUAGGCGCACCGGAUCCAGAGGAACUAGCCAAAAAGGCCAGGGAAAGUGAAGCCAGGACAGACGGGCCCGAGGAAAGACCAGAGAAGGCAGAGGAUGCCGGCGAUGCUUUCCAGCUGGGCAGUCUGUUGUCCGGGGUUACUAAGUUUGUAGAGACAACAGGUACAAAAGUAAUAUCCGGUGGCCUGGACACCCUAGAAACCAUAGGAAAGAAAACCAUGGAAGUUCUCCAAGAUGGUGACCCCGGGCUAGCCAAGAAACGGGCCAUGCUUGGCCUGGACCCUGGCGACAAGCCGGUGUUGUCUCAAGUGCUGAGGGAGGCUAAAGCGAGGGCUGAUGAGGAGGACAGAGCUAGAGAACAGAAGAGAGAGGCGAAGGAGGUGCAUUAUGAGAACCUGUUUGAUGACUUUGAAGGUCUAGUUCACCUCGAAGCCCUGGAGAUGCUGUCCCGGCAAGUCAGCAUGAGGAUAGACGAGCGAAUACGCGGCGCAGACCCCGAGAAGAGGCAAGAUAUUAAGGAGACGCUACAGCAGGUUGCCGAACUUUGUGAAAUGCCUGAAGAAGAGGAAGAAGUUGAAGAAUCUGACGAAGGUGCUUCAAAAGUAGACGCGUUCCAAGAGAGGCUCCAAACGGCUACGAGGGAUAUAGGCUUGAAACUGCAGUUCCAGCCCUUAGUGAAGCAAUACACAGAAGUCCUCGACUGGUUAUCGCAGGAAGCUACGACAGAGAAGGCGGUAUACAAGCGCUGCGUUAGCGGCCUAGCUGCCGCCACCGCUGCCGCCGUUGAGGUGUAUCACAAGGCGGCUGAGAUGCUGCUGGUGAAGACCCGAAGGUCCACUGCAGACGAAGCAGAUGCUUUAACACAAAUGACGGUGGUUCUAACCAAGCAUAUAAGUGAAUUAGCAACGCUCUUCACCGAGAAGCUGAACUCCUUGGAAGCCGAGAACAAAGAACAAAUCAAUACGUACAUCACUAAUAUAUUUUUAGAGGCUGGCAACAGUUCGAUCUACAUCCAAAACGCAUUCCAGUUAGCGCUGCCAAUACUGCAAAUAGGUGCUGUCUAGAAAAAUCUAGUAAAUGCUAAGAAGACUCGGGUUACU